GGAGGAGGAGGAGGAGGAGACGACGAGAGGGCCGAAGGAGGCGGCGACGUUUGCGCUUCCGGUGAAGCCGGGCCUGAGGGCGAGGGAGGCGGCGGCCGGCGGCGGCGGCGGAGGAGAGAGACGAAGAAGGAGGACGAAGAGAAGGAGCGACCCUUCAUCCGCCUCCUUCGCCGCCGCCAUAUGAAGACGCCGUUCACCGCAUGAAGCAGCUGGCCAACCAGACGGUGGGGAGAGCUGAGAAAACGGAAGUCCUCAGUGAUGAUCUGCUGCAGAUCGAGCGCCGUCUUGACACCGUGCGGUCUGUGUGCCACAAUUCCUGCAAGCGGCUAGUGGUGUGUUUGCAUGGGCAGUAUGGAACGGAUGCUGAAAAGAGACAUAAAAAACUCCCACUCACAGCUUUUGCUCAGAAUAUGCAAGAAGGUGCGCUGCAGCUAAGCGACGAAACAUUACUGGGGAAAAUGCUGGAGACCUGUGGCGAAGCAGAGAAUAAGCUUGCAAUGGAACUCUCUCACCAUGAAGUGCAGGUUGAAAAGGACAUCUUGGAACCACUGAACCAACUGACAGAGACAGAAAUCCCCAACAUUCAGAAACAGAGGAAGCAGCUUGCAAAGUUGGUGCUGGACUGGGACUCUGCAAGAGCCAGGUGGAACCAAGCCCACAAAACCUCCGCUACUAACUUCCAGGGGCUUCCAUCUAAGAUAGACUCCCUGAAGGAGGAGAUGGAUGAAGCAGGAAAUAAAGUGGAGCAAUGCAAGGAUCAACUUGCUGCGGACAUGUAUAACUUCAUUUCCAAAGAAAGCGACUACGCCCGAUAUUUUGUCUCGUUAUUAGAAGCCCAAGCAGAUUACCAUAGAAAAGCAUUAGCAGUCUUAGACAAGGUGAUCCCCGAAAUCCAGGGCCAUCAAGACAAAUGGACAGAAAAGCCAGCCUUUGGGACUCCCCUGGAAGAGCAUCUGAAGCGCAGCGCCCGAGAAAUCGCCCUCCCAAUUGAAGCAUGUGUGAUGAUGCUCUUGGAAACAGGCAUGAAGGAGGAGGGCUUAUUCCGAAUCGCUGCCGGAGCUUCUAAGCUAAAGAAGCUGAAAGCGGCCUUGGACUGCUCCACGUCACACCUGGAUGAGUUCUAUUCAGACCCACAUGCCGUGGCAGGUGCCCUGAAGUCUUACCUGAGGGAGCUGCCGGAACCGCUCAUGACCUACACCUUGUAUGAAGAAUGGGCGCAAGUUGCAAAUAUACAGGACCAGGAUAAGAAACUACAGGACCUGUGGAGGAUUUGUCAGAAACUGCCAAAGCAUAACCUGGCCAACUUCAGGUACUUAAUCAAAUUCCUGGCCAAGCUUGCACAGUACAGUGACCUUAACAAGAUGACACCCAGCAACAUCGCUAUUGUCUUGGGUCCAAACCUGUUGUGGGCAAAGAAUGAAGGUUCUCUGGCAGAAAUGGCAGCAGCAACAUCAGUGCAUGUGGUGGCCGUUGUUGAGCCCAUAAUCCAGCAUGCGGCUUGGUUCUUUCCUGAAGAGGUGGAUUUCAAUGUAUCGGGAGCAUUCGUGGGGCAGCCUGCUGUGAAUUCAAAUCACCUACACACAGGGAAUGAAUAUGACUCUGGGACACUGGAGCGGAAGAGACCCAUUAGCAUGGCAGUGAUGGAUGGGGAGCUGCUGAGGAAGGAAAGCUUUGGUGUCAAGGUUAUGGAUUUCCAGGCGAACCCCCGGAGAGGUGGCACUGUUAAUAGAAAGCACACGUCCCCCGCUUUCCAUCCGCCCCUUCCGCCCACGGAGGCUGGCCCACUGGCACAGGCCAUGACGGAGCAGCACCCACCGGGCACGGGGGCUGAAUCCGGCCUCUUAGGUGCUGCUUCUGCUGCCCCCUUUCUCGAUCCAGCAGAGCAGCCCCAAAGCCAAGGCGCUGAGGAGAGCAGCGCUUCAAAGCCAAAGGACUCUGCACCCUCCACAACUCCUCCCCCCACAAGAAAUGGGGGCCACGGCAGUGCUGCUCAGACCCACCCGCAGCCGGCCAGUGGCACUGGCCAGCUCUCGCUUGGGCAGCCCCAGAACACUGCUGGGCCCAGUCCACACGCGAUCAGGCGAGCUGUGAAGAAGCCUGCCCCGGCCCCUCCCAAGCUGGCCAACCCACCUCCUGGACAGCCAGGGAACCAGGGCUCCGUCCCGGCCCCUCAGCCGCUGUCGGUAUCUCCCAAGCCGCCCACCAGAUGCCCUUCUCCUCCCAGCCAAGGGGUCCUCCAGAGCACCACUGCCCCCUCCCAGGUCUCUGCCCCUCGGCGUUACUCCAGCAGCCUCUCCCCGAUACAGGCUCCCAGCCACCCACCCCCACAGCCCCCCACACAAACUGCAACGCCUCCCCUCCAGCCGAAGACCACCACUCCUGGGUCAUCCUCGCACACGCCGUUGGCCUCUGAGCUUGGACCUGAACAGCAGCAGCAGCCACUGCCGCAGCAGAGGCAGCCAUCGCCCACCCCGCCACGCACGCCAACACCCCCUGACACACCACCUCUUGAGAAGCAGAACGCCAGCUCCCCUGCUCCUGCGCCUCCUCAGCCUUCCUCACAGGACGCUCCGGCAGCCCAGUCGCCACCUCCAGUGCCUCAAACGGGCACGCUGCCACGGCCGCGGCCGGUGCCCAAGCCCCGUAACCGUCCCAGCGUGCCCCCUCCACCUCACCCUCCAGCUCCUCACCUGACGGGAGAGGGUUCUCUGCCGGGCACCCCUUCGACCGCCUCCCGCAUUGUGACUGACUCCAAUCCCAGUGUUCAAGAGCCGCCCCGAGGCCUUCCGGCUGUCAACCUUCCUACCCCCGCAGAACCUGCGACUUUACCGACUCCAAGUUCACACAACCACCUUGUGCUUGGCAUCGACCACGAUACUGAAAGCACAGCUUUGUAAGAGAAAGAAACCACUCCGAGAGACGCAGCCCUUUCUGUCCCUGGGGGACGCCCGGCCAGUCCAGGCUCAACAGCGAGAACCUUCAGAAAAAAAGAAGAUAUGUCCGGAACAUAAGUCUCCUCUAUGCAUAUCUGGGGAAAGUUUUAUGACCUGUGCCUUGACAGAGGUGCCUAAAGCUGCGGCUGGGGAAACUGAAAUGCCUAUAGGAAGCUUAAUUGCUGCUGUUUAACCAAGAUGGUGUUCCGCCAAAAAGAAAAUAAUUCCAAGAGAAUCCAAAGCAAUGCAUGUAUAAUGGAAAUAACCUCCUCUGUUGAACUUCUUACUCUUCCUUCUUCUCUCUUACCAAGGAGAUGACUCUCAAGAGGCGUCCUUGUCUCUGACAUGCUGCAGACCUUUUGUUAUUGUUGUUGUUAAAAGUAUGAAUCCAAAAGGAAAAACAAAACUUGCCACACUUUCGGAGGAGGACUGCUGGUUAUCGGUCGCUUCUCCAAACGGUGGAUGUAUCCUUGUGCCUUGAUGGACUGUUAUUACUGUAGAAGGAAACAUACUGUCUCUCUAACCAUUUCAGUGCUACUCUCUCUUUUUUUUUUUUUAAAGAAAAAGUAUUCUUAUUUACCUCUUUAAAAAAAAAUUCAUAGUUAUUUGUAUUUACCUUCCUGCUUUGGUUUUCUGUAACACCCAUAGAUGGUUGCAAUCAUGUUGAAAACUUUCAAGGGGGAAAUGUGUAUUUGCUUUCAUUUGUUAUAAGUGAGUUGAAAUUUGAAAGUGAUUUUGAACAUCUUGUCUGGAUUCAAAUGCUGAGUAAAAUUAAAUCUCACUUUCA